AUGAAAACUCAUCAAAAGAAACUAGAAAAAUUAAAUCGAGGUCCUGUUGGACAAAAUUAUGAAGAAAUCAAGCUAAAAUUAAUCCAUAAUGUAUCAUCAUAUACUCUUCCAAAGUUUGAAACAGCUUUAGAAUUGAAUGCAAUGAAACUACAAUCUCAUUGUCAUCAAUCAGUUUUUAGUCUAAUUUGUCAUAAAAUACAUAAUGUUUCACAACAAUUAAUGCAUACAUCUAAACAUAAGAAAAUAAGUAAUCUAUCAGAUGAAGAAUUAGCAGCUUUAAAAUCACUAAAAUCUAAUAAUAACAUAGUUAUAUGUAAAGUUGAUAAAGGUAAUUGUAUUGUGAUAUUAGAUAAAGAAGCAUAUAUGAAAAAAGCUGAAGAUAUAUUAAAAGGAGAACAAUUUGAAUCAUUAGGUAAUGAUAAAUUUCAUCGAGAACGAGAAGAAGAAUUGAAUAAGUAUAUUUUCUCAUUAUUUAAAGCAGGAGUAAUAGAUAAUAAACCUCGUUAUCAACUACAAUCGAUAUGUUCUUCACUCUCAGUCUUUUAUGGUCUUCCUAAAGCACAUAAAACUGGAUAUCCAAUACGUUCUAUAAUAUCAACUAUAGGAAGUUAUCAAUAUCAACUAUCAAAAUAUUUAGCUAAAGCAAUUAGAGAUGCAUGUCCUCAAGCAGAAUCUUAUAUAAAAGAUUCUUUCGAAUUUGUAAAACGAAUAAAAGAAAUUGUAUUAGAUAAACAGAAACCUUAUAUUAUGUGUAGUUUUGACGUAGAAAGUUUAUAUACUAAUGUAACAGUUGAAGAAGCCAUAGAAACAACAUUCAACUAUAUCUAUAAGCCAAGUAAAUUAAUAGAUGUUCCUUUCGAUAAAGAACCAAUGAGAAGACUUUUAAAUCUAUCAAUAGAGACGCGCCUUUCAGAUUCCAAAAUAAAGGACGGGGGGCGAUUUCUACAGAAAUCGGCCCAAUUGAAUUUUAAUGAUCUGCUCGGGUAGAAACAAAGGAAAUAAUGGUAGAAAGUAUACCUUAUGGUUUUCAAAUGAUUUUGCUAGGUAUUUACAAGUCCACGAUCCGAUCACUUCUUCAAUUUUCUGUGUAUACAUUGGAGCGUCUUUUGGUUGUCAAAUUNUACCUUCAGUUUUUUUCAAUUUAUUCAUUAUGAGUAUUUUUUUUUCAAAAAUAAAUCUUCUAUUCAAUUUAUUAAUUAAUAUUUAUAUAUUAUAAAGAAUUGUAAAGAUAUUGAAUUUAAUUGAAUAACCAACUUGUUGUUUUUCUCAAUGAACGUUAUUUAUAUUGAUGAGAAAUAUUUCAAUUAAUAAUAAUUUUUUUAAAAUGAUUCUAUUGAGAGAAAUGUAUUCUCAUAUAUAUAAUAUAAUAUUAUUUAAAUAACGGAGGGUGGGGUGUGGGUGCGGUUGUGAGGUGUGGGUACGGGUGGGUGUGGGUGUGGGGUGUGGGUGUGGGUGUGGGUGUGGGUGUGGGUGUGGGGGUGGGCGGGGGUGUGGGUGUGGGUGUGGGGUGUGGGUGUGGGUGUCGGUGGGUGUGGGUGUGAGUGUGGGUGUGGGGUGUGGGUGUGGGUGUCGGUGGGUGUGGGUGUGAGUGUGGGUGUGGGGUGUGGGUGUGGGUGUCGGUGGGUGUGGAUGUUUGCUCUUCUCUUUUCCUAAACCACACCCACAUCCACACCCUUCCAGCCGCAAUGGACUUCUCUGAAAUAUUAUAUAUUUCAGUUGAGAUUGGAAGGUGCGAAAGAAUUAAACAUAAAAGAAUAUUUUAUCAACACUUUUGUAACAAACAUGUCUAUCAUUAAUAUAAAGGUUUAGGAACAUUAUGUUUUAGUGAAAAUCAUCGAUGCUAUCCUGGUAGAUUCUUGAGAUAUUUGAUAAGAAUCCUGCAAGAAUUCGCUGUUUUUUCUGAGGAAAUGAGAAAACUCUGAAGCGAGCAUAUAGCUACGAAACUUCAAGAAUCCGGCUGCAUUGAGAACAAGAAUUAAUGAAGAUUCUGAGCAGUUUAUCACUGUAAAUUUAAAACAUGAAAUUCGUUCGGAAAACUGUAAGUUUUGAAAGUAACAUGUAGCCUAGAAAUCUGAAAGUUUUUCGCAGAAUUUAAUUAAGAUUUUAGAAAGGUUGUCAACAAUUUUCCUGGAUUUCCAAAUCGAGAUCCUGCCAAUAUUUUCAAGAUCUCCAAUUGGUAAUAAUUGUGAUUCUGUAUUUCAUUAUCUUUCUGAGCUUCCUCUCGGACAUUAUCAAAUACCUUGUCAAGAUCGUUAGAGAACUUUCUAAACAAAAUAGAAAAAAAUAUGAACACUUAGAGUAAUGAUCCCUAGACUCUCAAUCUACAAAUCGAUCAGCUGAUUUCUACUAUGAUUACCUAUUUUUGUGUUGACAAACCAUUUAUCGGCUUGUCCACGUAAUUGUCUCCUUCGCUGAUCAAGUUUUGAAAAAUCAAAAAAACAAAUUUUUCGAGUUCAGCAGAUUGUCAUACGUUACCAGACGCAGAUUUUAGUGCUGAUUCCGAAUUCGAUAUUUAUUUUAUAAGGAAAUUAAAUCUUGGCGUCGAAAAGUGAGUUUUUAUAAUUUUCCAAAACCGUAUUUUGAAUUUUUUUCGCUACAAAAGUUGUUCAGAUAGAAUCGAUAAUCCCACCAUUCGGUGCAGAAUUUAAUUCUCUACCAAAUAGUCUAUUUGGUUUUGUCAUUCGUAGAUACUGAGGAGUCACAGAAUCCGAAACAUUUCCUGAUUUAGUGUGUGGUUUAUGAACUAAAGGUUCUAUAGAUGCACCUGAUUCUUGCGUGAAAAGAUGACUAAGAUACGAAAGAUUAAGAUAUCUAAAAGUGAAGUCAUUUUGAACAAGUGAAGCACCUUGAACAUUGAAGAAAGACUUAAUGUGUCAUAACGACGAAAAUUGUGCCAUAGCGUUACGAAAAAUGUCACAGCGUUACGUUGGUUUUUUUACUUUUUUUUACGAAUAAUAAUAUCUAGAGGAAAAAUUUUUUUUACCAUUUGAUAGCUCGUUUUAUGCUCUAUAAAGUUUUUUUCAGGCCUGUUUUAAUUGGAGACAAUCAUUCGCAGAGAAUUGAAAGAGGAGUCAGAGCGUUGGAAACUCAUGGUCCUUUUAUGUCACAGUGUUACGUGACUAUAAACCGUUUCUGGAAACUAGAGAGUUUUACCUAAUAAAGUCAAAUUUAUAGUGUAAAUACAAUCCGUCGAGCUGCGUCGAAUGGCGUUUGGACGAGUUUUCUAGCUACUAUAGUUUUCGAGAUAUUUCAAAAAAAGUUUCAAAAACGUCACAGCGUUACACUUGGACAAGCCGUUAUAGAAGUUUAAAGGUAAUCAUAGCUACCAUUUCAUUUACUUGCAUGAUUUCGUUUAUUUGCACAAAUAUAUAACUUUUUUACAAAAAUUUUCAACAUAAUUUUAUCAUUGAAUAAUAACAUUGUAAAAUAGCAUAAAAAAUACUUCUUUAAAUUUAAAGAGCUUUUUUUAAAAGGACAGCAAUAUACUUUGUUUGAAAGCUUUGAUCGGUUUCUCUCUACUAUUCUCAUUAAUGUCUUCUAUUGAAGUACUUUCAUCUUGAAUAUCAUUUCCGAAAUCGACAGAUAUCGAAUCAAAAAAGUGAUUUAUUAGAGUUUUCAUUCUUACUAUACUAUUAUCAAUCUAGAUGUAGCCGAAAUUUUUAAAACUUUUGAAAAAAAUGAACACAUUUCAAUGCUCUUUGCCAAAGUAUAUUUGCUAAACAGGUAUAUAGUAUUCUUUCAUUCCAUACGAGUAAGGUAUUAUUGUGUGUGUAAAAUUUGUGUUUAAGACGAUAUUUUAAGUUCAGAUAUAAUUUUGCAUAUUUUAUUUGACAUACUAUGGGCAGAAAAACAUAACAAUAGCAGAGAUCUUAUUUUCAUUCAGCAUAUUCAUAAAUCAUUUCGGUAUUGUUUUGUUUGCGUAAGAAAGAAACACAAUUGCAAUUACCACAGUCCUUCUGAAUUAUCAAAAAGCUUCAAAUAUAUAUUAACUUAUUCGAACAAAACAUAUCUUACUGUAGUUCUUUCCAAAGAUGACAAAUUAAAAAGUAUUCAUAUUUUUUUUUGCCAAAGUAUUGUAGAACUCUUUUUUUACUCUGUAAUUUAUUCCACUUUAUUUAAAGAGAAAUGAGGAAGAAUUAUUAUACUACUUUACUGUCGAAUACAAAAGUUAAUUAAAACUAAAACAAUAGAAUGAUCUUGUUUUAAUUAUGGAAUAUCCAUUGUUGAGUUAAUUGUUCUAAUUUAAUAUCAUGUACUGAUUUUGUAACAUGCAGAAAUUAAAUUUAAUCGGACAAUUAAUCUUUGUCUUAUAAAAAAUUGAUUAAAUACGCCUGUUUGAAUAUAAAUUAAUCGAUUACAUUGAUCAUGUAUCAUAUAAAUUGUUUUAUUCAUAUUUACUAUAGAAGAUUUUUCUAGAAUUUUUUCCAAUGACGAAAGAAGAUGUUGUCCAUAACAAGCACAAUAAUGAUCACAACUUUCAUUUUCGGAUACAAAUACAUUAUUAUAACCUUCAGAUGAUGGCUAUAAACGACGAUCUAAACUUAUUUCUUCUUCGUUUUCAUCAUUCGAAUGAAUAUCAUAUUUAGUAAAUCAAUAAAUAAAUUUACAGUAAGAUUAAUAAAUAAAUCAUUUGAUGAACAUAAUAAUGCAUCAUUUGUAAAAUAUUCAAAUAAAAAAUGUUGCGUCAAAUAACAAUUAGCACCAAAUACAUCUAACACAGAGACCGAAACGGGGCGGGGAAUCGAGGCGGGGACCAUUUUUGUCUGGGCGGGGCGGAGCGGGACGGGGCGAAGAAAGGUUACGACGGGGCGAGGCGGAGCGGGCUUAAGUUAAAUCCCCGAAGUGUCCCCGUGUUUAAGUGGCACAAUAGAGUGUGAGUGCGUGUGAAUCAUUUCUUCACUCACACUCUAAAAUCUCGCGAACUAUUGAUGGAUAAUGAAGUAAUUUUAAAAAAUCUACAAUAAUAAGAACAGUUGAAGUUGAUAUUUAUACCGAUUUCAAAGGAGAUAAAGACAAUGAUUAUUUAAGUUCAUUAUCAUUUUGGUAAGAGCAUGAAAAACUUUCUCCAAAUUUAUCAAUAUCAGCAUGUUGCAUUUACUCAAUACCAUCCAAUUAGAGCCAUGCGGUUCUGUAAAAAAAUGGAACGGAGAACUGAGUCGGAGUUGUAGAAACCAAAGAUUUUAACUGAU